AUGGAGAAGCAAAGCUGUUCUAAAGUUGGAGGUGUUCUAUUUGCCCUUGCCUUGUUUAUCUCCAAUUUUGGAAAGACAUUGGCUGUUUGGAGUUCUGCGUAUGGUACUUUCUAUGGUGGAGGAGAUGCAUCAGGAACAAUGGGGGGUGCUUGUGGCUAUGGGAAUUUGAAUGACAAUGGAUAUGGCAUUAAAACAGCAGCACUGAGCACAGCUCUCUUCAAUAAUGGAGCCACUUGUGGUGCCUGCUUCCAAAUAAUGUGUGAUGCUAGCCAAGUUCCACAGUGGUGCUUGAAAGGCACCUCCAUCACAAUAACUGCCACCAAUUUUUGCCCCCCAAACUUUGCACUGCCAAGUGACAAUGGAGGGUGGUGCAACCCACCCAGAGAGCACUUUGACAUGUCUCAGCCGGCUUUCCAAAGCAUUGCCAUUUACAAGGCAGGCAUUGUGCCUGUUCUCUAUAGAAGAUAG